GGAGCAGUCAGUGACACCUCCUUUAACCUUUAGCACAAGUCGCAGUAGGUUAUUUAAAGGCUAAACAAGGGGACAAAACACCUGUAAAUCUUGAAGCUUCUGUAAUCCACUUGGAUAUCAACAAAUAUUGUUUGUCAGGAUCAUCAUGGAACAUCUGGGCUGCAGUGCGAUCCUGGCCUUUUGUUUCUGGAUGGCAGUUGUUACAGGUGCACAUCCUCCUCGAUCAGUCCUGGGAGAAAGUCAAGCAUUUCAAAGCAACUUCCCGAUGGAAGGUGACGAGAACCGUGCCUCAAUAAAUACUGUCAACUCCACCAAGGCUGUUCCCCCUGAUGAGGACGUUAGCUCGCAGACCUGGCCCUACAUGGCUGCAGCGCUGGCCUCCGCCCUGACCAUCUCCCUGUUCAUCGUGGUGGCCAUCAAGUGCCGCCUUUUCCACCACUACCUAGCCAGCUACCACCACUCCUUGCUCCCCGAGGGGGACACAGCCAGCCAGCAGAGCCCAGACGAGGUGACCUUCCCUGGGCACGGCAUGGUGGGCCGAGGACGUGGAGGUAAUGGGACCCAUCGAGGGUUGGAUACUGAUGACGACGAUGGCUUCAUAGAGGAUAAUUACAUCCAGGCCAGCGAGAGGGCGAGGGCAGAGAGUCACGAGGACGAAGGGAUGGAAGGAGAGGUGGUGGAGGAUAGUGAUGAUGAUAUUCAGUUCACCAUUGGGUGAUUUCAGGACUGGUUGAAAAUGAUUAUUUACUGUUGAUUGGGUGACAGUGGUGGGUUCACUUCACAGAGCAGAUGCUGUCCAGACCAGACCUGGAUUCAAAUAAAAUUUGUUUUCUUUCAGAUGAUAAUAAUAAAUAAUAAUAAUAAUAAUAUAAUAUAAUAAUAAUAUAUGCCAUUUAGCAGAUGCUUUUAUUCAAAGCGACUUACAGUCAUGUGUGCAUACAUUCUACGUAUGGGUGGUGCCGGGGAUCGAACCCACUACCCUGGCGUUACAGGCGCCAUGCUCUACCAACUGAGCUACAGAAGGACCUGUGCUUAAUUGAGCUUGUGUGGCACCCUAAAGUGGAAAAAUCCGCCCUCCAGGCGAAACAGGCACUUCAGGCAGUCUCAAUCAAACACUCAACGUAUUUGAAAGAAAAAAAAUAUUAUUUGAAUCCAGGUCUGGUGAGAAUAUGUUGAUAGAUGAAAGGUACUGAGAAAUGAUCAUGGUCCCAUUUUAAACAAACAACAACCUAUUAAGGCUUUAUAGAACAUUCAUCAAGUCUUCAUAAAUACUACAUUGAACAAAAACAUAAAUGCAACAUGCAAAAUUGUCAAAGCUUUUACUGGGUUACAGUUCAUAUAAGGAAAUCAGUCAAUUGAAAUAAAUUCAUUAGGCCCUAUUCUGUAGAUUUCACAUUAAUGGGAAUGCAGAUCUGUUGGUCACAAAUACCUCAUACAGCGCGACAUCUCCUUCGGAGAGAGUUGAUCAGGCUGUUGAUUUUGGCCUGUGGAAUGUUGUCCCACUCCGCUUCAAUGGCUGUACAAAGUUGCUGGAUAUUGGCGGGAACUGGAACAUGCUGUCGUACACGUCGAUCCAGAGCAUCCCAAACAUGCUUAAUGGGUGAUGUGUCUGGAAGAACUGGGACAUUUUCAGCUUCCAGGAAUUGUGUACAGAUCUUUGCAACAUGGGGCCAUAAAUUAUCAUGGUGAAAUAUGAGGUGAUGGCGGUGGAUAAAUGGCAUGACAAUGGGCCCCAUGGUCUUGUUACGUUAUCUCAAAUUGUCAUUGAUAAAAUGUAAUUGUGUUCGUUCUCCGUAGCUUAUGCUUGCCCAUACCAUAACCCCCACCACCAGCUUGCGGUACUCUGUUCACAAUGUUGACAUCAGCAAACCGCUCGCUCACACGACACAAUUACACGCCAUCUGCUCAGUACAGUUGAAACCGGGAUUCAUCCUUGAAGAGCACACUUUGUGCACUGAGUGUACCAAACAUUAGGAACACCUUCCUAAUAUUGAGUUGCAACCACUUUUGCCCUCAAAACAGCCUAAACAGCAU